UGUGAGUAAACUGUGGAGAUUAUUCCUGAAUGUCCUGAGAUGCAACAGCACUUACCUUUGCAUCCUCAUUAUUGCCAGAUGAGAAACAAUUUCAUUAUGCUGCUAAAAUGAACAAUUUGGAUACCAUGGAAAAGCUGUUUAAAAAGAAUGUUAAUAUAAAUGCUGUCGACACUCUGAAGCGCACCGCGUUCCAUUUUGCUGUUGCCAGAAGUCAUGUGUCAGUGGUGGAUUUUCUUCUCCAUCGCAAAGCUAGGCUUGAUAUGGCAGAUCAGCAUGGCCUGACAGUGAUUCAUCUUGCAGCUUGGACUGGAAAUCUGGAUAUAAUGCGAAAAUUAGUUAAAGCAGGUGCUGAUCAAAAGGCUAAGAAUGAGGAAGGAAUGAAUGUACUGCACUUUGCAGCUCAGAACAACAGCGUUAAAAUAGUUGACUAUUUUCUCCAAGAUCUUCAUCUGAAUGACUUGAACAAGCCUGAUGGGAAUGGUAAAAAGCCAUUUCUUUUGGCAUCGGAGAAAGGCCAUGUGGACAUGAUAAACAGUUUGAUAACUCUGAAGCUCUUUACAUCUGAAAAAGAUAAGGAGGGAAACACAGCAUUGCAUCUAGCAGCCAAAAAUGGUCACAGUGAAGUUGUAGAAAUUCUGCUUGAACAGUGGGAGGAAAUAAAUGACCUCAAUGAGAAUGGAGAAACUCCAUUUUACUUGUCAGUUGAAGGAGGUCAUGAAAAAUGUGCUGAACUCUUGCUGGAAGCAGGGAGUGACAUCAACGUUUUAACUCAGAACAAUAGCAAUGCUUUGCAGAUUGCAAUUCAGAAUGGACAUCUAUCUUUGGUUACUUUUCUUAUUGAUAAGAAUAUUGACCUGGUUCCUAAACCUGAGCAGAAGAGUUCCCCUCUCCAUUUAGCAGUCAUCAAUAAUCAUGUACCAGUAGUAAAAAGCCUCUUGGAUGCCAGUCAUGAUAUAAACUCCUUAAAUCACAGACAGGAAACCCCUCUACAUCUGGCAGCUGAUCUUGGGAAUGUGGAGCUGGUGGAAGUGCUGCUGAAAGCAGGAUGUGAUCUGAAGGCUGUCGACAAGCAUGGGAAAACUGCACUAGCUGUUGCAUCAAGGAGCAGUCACGCCCUCAUUGUAGAUAUGAUAAUUAAAGCAGAAAGGUAUUAUGCCAUGAAACAGAAACAUCUGGCUCAUAGUGAUGAUGGGUCAGACUUCGGCUUGUCCUUCAAACAAGAUCACAGUACACAGACCAAGCAAAUCCGUUCCUCCCUUUGGAAUCUAGCAUACAACCAAUUAAAACCCCAGGAAUGGAAAAAAAUGGCCCUGUUCUGGAAGUUCACAGAUCAACAAAUUAAAGCUAUUGAAGAACAAUGGACAGGGAAAAAAAGUUACAAGGAACAUGGAAACAGAAUGUUGCUCAUCUGGUUGCAUGGUAUAUUGCUGGCUCAUCAGAACCCUGUCAAACAUAUAUAUGAAGACCUGGUGGAAGCAGGAUUUCAGCCUUUAGCUGAGAACAUCAGAGCUGCAAGUGGCACUAAUACAGACUCCAGAAAGUGUAAAAUUUCAUGAGUUCAUCAAUAAAACAUGGCAAAUAUGAUGGAAUUAUACAUGCCAGAUAGAAAGUGACUUGCAAAUACAAGUAAUUUCUCUUCCAGAAAAAAACCCAAACAAUUCUGAAGCCAUGUGACCUUCUCCAAACUAGAAGAGCUUGCACUCCUGAAAUAUGGGUUAGUUCUUUCUCACAUGCUUGCUAGACAGUGACUUAAAAGAUGAGUGAAUGGCUAAGUAUUUAUGCCUAUACUGCUAAGCAAGAACCAUCCCCCUACAUUUUCUAUACCUGGCUUGGUACACUAAUUCUGUAUUGGAACUGCAAAUUAAGCUAUCUCGUGUUUGACAUGAAAUGCAAAUGUUUUCCACCUGAAAAAAAAUAAUUUAAAAAAUGAAAAUUAUGUGUAUAAAUCAACACUUCCAGAAAUAGGUUGGCACCUGGCCUCACUCGGGAUUCAGGUUUUUAUAAAGAUUAUAGGGAUUGUAGCGUUCUUGUCUGAAGAGGGCUUUUUCUCUUGUUUAAUUAGUGCUACAAUUAGAACAGGUCUUUCUUUUUCAGCACGUGAUUUAUUUAUGCAGUGAAAAUACACAAAAAUGUAAUGUCUAAAGCCACGUGUGGCUAGCUGCAUAAUGUUGUAUACAUACUCAAAAAAGAGCAUAUGACAUUUAACGCAUCUAGCAAUUACACAUUUCUUGCUCAUGUCUUGAAUUAAUAUUUGGUAGUGUCUUGCCAAACAUGUUUAAGGUUUUCUCAUUAUUGAAUAUAUUAUGUGUCUGAAAAAUUAUGUAAAAGGUCUAUCUUUGUAGUCUUCUCUGUAACAAAAUAGUAAUAGUUUAACCAUGUAAUGGAAGAAUUGACUUGCCCUCUCUGUCUAUAUAUAGCUAGCAUCAUUUUGUACUGAAUCUUACUGUUUGUGCUAAAAGAUGAAAAAUAAAAUGUAACUUAAAAGUAGAUGUUGUAACAUUGGAACUAAAAGAGAUUCAGACAAAAAACCCACAUU